AUGGGAACAUCUUGGUAUUCAAAAUUUUUGGCACGUCAUCCACAUGUUGUUCUUGUUGUCGGAUUUGUACUUUCAACAGUUUGUUUUAUUGUACCAUUAGUCACUCGAAAAUUUCCAGACUUUUCUGAUCCACAACUUGGUUUUGAAGCUCGAGGAACUCCAUUAGCACAAAGAUUAACUGCAUGGAAGAAUUUGAUUGAUUCACCAAGCUCUAAAGCAAAUUUAAUCGACAAUCCAUUAGAAUAUUAUUAUUUCGUACAAGAAACCAAUCGGCAGGUAAAAGAGUCAGCACGUGCCACAAACGUUACAUCGAACGAAAGAAAUAAAUUGAAGAAACAUCGCAAACGUCACAGGAAAGAGCAUUUAAAGUGGAGCCAAGAUAAUAUUGACCAUGAGAAAUACAGUAAGCAUAAAUUAUCCGGAAAAAAAUCGAAGGAUACCACCGAUGAAUUUUUCUGUAACGCACCGAGUUCAGAAUACGCACGAGUUGUAAUUAGUUCAGAAGACCAAGACCAGGACUUGUGGACUUUAAACAAUAUUUUAGGACAAUGUCAUAUCGACGCUAGCUUGAGAGCAAGCUCACAUUUUUCUUCGCUCUGCCAGCGAAAACUAAAACAUAAACAUCAGUGCUGUCGCAGUUGGUCGCCGGCUAAUUAUAUCGCUUUGCUAGCGAAUCGUACCACUUGUUUCGAACUGACCGAAGAAGACUUGGCCGGCGUAAAAAGUACUCUCCAAUCGUGCUUGUAUUUCUAUCAGAAUCAAGAACUGAGUGCCGAGUGCGCGGAAGAUUUGCGGUGUCAGCGCAAAGUUUCACCCAGCUGCUACAUACACAACGCAGCUUAUCAUCUGUUGCAUUAUUUCUUAGAAUCCUCAUUCAUAUCCAACGGUAAGAAUGCUAAUGACACCAAACUUCGCUCAGUAUUGGUAAUAUUACCUAUGGCGGUAAGCUCGGCAAGCUUUGAUUAUUAUAAUGACAUGAAUCGCAGCACUUUGAGUCACGGAAAAUUGCACGUCACGGCAAUGCAGUUUGGUUUAAAAAGUACAUUAUUCGACAAAUCAUUAAUUUCAGACUCCGUACUUGUAUUGCUUGGGUUCGCUUUCAUAACUAUUUGCAUAUGGUUUUACACGGGUUCUCUGCUAAUCACACUGUCAACGAUUUUCGUGGUGAUUUUCAGUCUCGGUAUCUCUUACGCUAUUUACACAUCGAUUUUACGAAUUAAUCUGUUUCCCUUCAUGAAUAUACUGACGAUCGUAGUUGCAGUGGGUAUUGGCUCAGAUGAUGCUUUUAUCUUUUGCAAGACAUGGGAAUGUACAAAACGAAAAAUAGCCAUGAAUGCCGACACGAGUAUGGCUCAGCUGACACAGGAGACUAUGAAACACGCUGUGCCCACAAUGUUUAUGACAACUGUGACGACGGCGGUUGCUUUCUUCGCGUCUAUCGUUAGUAACGUUACUGCGAUCAAUUGCUUUAGUAUUUUUUCGGGGAUCACGGUGAUCGUGAAUUUCUUAUUAAUGAUCACGUGGUUGCCGGCUGCUGUGAUAAUCGCCGAAAAGUCGACGAUGCGCUCGUUGUUGUCGGAAAACUUUCUUAGGAAAAAAAUUGUCCGACCCUUGCAAGUGCUUUUCGAGCGCCUCAAUCAUAUAUUCACCGAGUUUUUAGUCAGCCUGGUCGUUCUACUGAGAUGGUUGUGGUUUUCAAUUUACCUCGCUCUGGCUAUUGGCAGCUGCUUUGUUGUUUUCCGAUAUCCAGGUCUGCAGUUGCCAAACUCGCCUGACUUCCAACUCUUCGAUAGCUCGCAUCUCUUUGAGCAAUACGAUUUAUUAUACAGCAAAUUAUUUCGUUUCGAGCAAUUCGAGCAAGGCGCCGGAGCCGAGGCACUUCCAUUGAGGUUCGUCUGGGGUAUUCUACCGGUCGAUAACGGAAAUUAUUUAAAUCCUCAUUCGCGAGGAAGCUUAGUUAUCGACCAGACUUUCAACAUAACCGACCCUCGCUCUCAGAUUUGGCUGGAGCAUUUUUGCAAGAACGUGAGACUACAGCCGUUCUACCGCAGUACUCUUGGGCCUCUGCUGCCAAACUGUUUUAUCGAGUCGAUUCAGCCUUGGAUGGAACGACCCUGCGAAGAUCCGAUCGAUCCAACGAUUAAUCGCUCGCCCUGCUGUAAGAACAGCACUUUUCCUUACGAGCCUCGAGUACUGAAUUUGUGUGCUGCCGAGGCUAUUGCCGAAAUACAUCGAACGCCCUCGCAUCUCUGGAAUUUUAAGAGAUCUGGCGGUGCUCCGACCGUCGGUUUGAAAUUCCGCAGGCAAAAUGUUCACGGAACAACCGAGAGCCCGAAUGUCAGUCUACCGUUAAUGAAAAUCAUCUCUGAUAUCCAAGUCGUCAUUGUCGAGUACGACAGUAAUUUCACUUACUCCUUGUCGUUUACCGAGAUGGACAAGUUUUUCAAUGAAAUUGAAAACUGGAUGCAAGAUCAACUGGCGACAGCACCGCCGGGAAUGAAAAAUGGCUGGUUCGUCAGUUACUUAGAGUUUUACGAAUUACAAAGAACACUGUACGAAGGCACGAUAUGGGCAAUCGUCAUGUCUAUGGGUUUGUGCUUGUCUGUUCUCGCGUUGGUAACGUUAAAUCCAUUCGUCAGUUUAUAUGCUAUUACAGCCGUUGGAUCAGCUAUCACUGUCACCGUGGCGGCUCUCAUAUUGAUGGACUGGAAACUUAAUGUAUUGGAAAGUGUUGUGGUGUCGACGGCUAUUGGUCUUGCAGUGGACUUUAGUUUGCAUUACGGAGUUAUUUAUCGCGCCAGCGAUGCCAAGCAUCGGAUGGACAAAGCGAAAACAGCUUUGCAACAAAUGGGAGGUCCAACUUUCAUGGCCGCGUUGACAAGUACAGCCGCUGGCGCUUUAAUGUUACCCUCCAAAGUUUUGCCUUACAUACAAAUUGGCCUCUUCUUAAUAAUUAUCAUGACCGUCAGUUGGAUCUACGCGACUUUCUUUCUUUGUGCUUUGCUUGCCAUUGCAGGUCCGUCAUCCAAUUUUGCAAAAUUCACUCACCGCAAAGUUCGGCAAUCGAUAUUCAGAUCGAAUAAAACUGUCGUGCACGAGUCGCACGAUUCGCACGAAAUUGACAGUCUCAGAUCGCAUGCACUAACAAGAGACAAACUGACUGAACUAACACUGGAAAGUGACGUACAAGAUAGCACACUGUAA